CAAAGAAAGGAUGAGCAGCUGGAUUGGUGCUUCUUCUUCUCCAUGGCUUCUCAGAACCUCUUCCUCCUCCUGUCCCUCCAAAUUCUUCAAAUACCAACCGUGCCCUCCUCCGCCGUUUCGCCUCCUCUGCCUCGCCCAAUCCAACCAUGUCGACAGUCACUUCAAUUUCGUCCUUCACGAUGCCCUCGAUUCUUCCGGAAUCCUCACCUCUCACGCCAGAGAUGCUAGAGAGGGAUUCUGCUCGCAGAUUCGGCAAAUGUCAGAUAUAGAGAGGCAAACCAGCAUCAGCAUCAACAGACGCGUUGAUUUGGGGAGGACAGCUCUUUACAUUGCGGCUGAGGAUGACUCCCUCGUGUCGCAUUCCUCGGUUCCGCUUCCUGUGGAGGCUUUCAUCAGUAGAUUUGAUGAUCUUUCUAUGGACUAUUGCUCUCACUACAACUCUUCGUACAAAUCGUCUCCCGAGAGGUUGUUGGAGAGUUUGGAGAAUUAUUUGUUCAUACACAAGGGGUUCAGGAGAACCAAUGCGAGGCAUCUCUUUGAAACAAGAGCUCUAUAUCUCCACUCAGUUUUGACACAUCGUUCAGGAUCAACUGCAAUGCUGUCACUAAUAUACUCGGAAAUUCUGAAAAUGCUUCGCUUGUGGGGACUUUUGGAUUUUGAUGUGGAGUUAUUCUUUCCUCACGAUACUCAUAGUCUUCCCAGAGGUUAUCCUAAAAAGAAAAGCAAGGAAUCUGAUCAUGCACACAUAAUGACAUCACAAGCCCUUUUGGUUGAGAUUCUAAGAAAUUUGAAGGAAGCUUUCUGGCCAUUUCAGCAUGAUCAAUCAGGCAAUUUAUUUUUGAGGGCAGCACGGGCUGCCAACUUCAUUGAUGCGCCAAAUGUUGAUGAAGACAGUGGCUUUCGGCUUGCAUCUGCUAAGGCUGCUAAACAUAGGCUAGAUCGUGGUGUUUGGACUAGUGUAAAUUUUGGGGAUAUGAGGCGUGCAUUAUCAGCUUGCGAACGUCUUAUUCUCCUCGAAGCGGAUUCGAAGGAAUUGAGAGAUUAUAGUAUUCUUCUCUACCAUUGUGGAUUUUAUGAGCAAUCACUUGAAUUUUUAAAGUUGUAUCAGGACACAAAGACUCGCCCACAACUUAGACGAUCAUCUAAUUCAUCAACCGAUCUAGAGGAAGAUGCUGUAGAGAAGUUGAUGAUACGCCUUAAACUAAUUUUGAUGGAGGAUGGUUGGAGCAGACCUUCAUAUGUAAGAAACUUCCUCGGCAACAGCUCUGAUCCAUGGUAGUGCUGGAUGAAAUCAUUGCAGAUAGAUUGUGCAUUUGCUUAGAUGAAAAAAAGGUGGUUUUAAUAUAAUAGAGUAGUCCGCACAAUCAUCAGCAAACUCGGAGUGUUGAAAGAAUCAAUCAGCAAAUGUACAGUGUUGUUGGAGCUCAAAAGGUUUGUCUUUUAUCCUUGCUCAGUACCUUCAAAUUUCAUACUCCAUCAUAGUUACAUGUAUAAUUUAUGCAAUUCCAUGUAUAUAAAUUGCUAUUGUAAGUCUGAUUUGAAUAAUUAGAAGCUAUCAUUUUUCUGCUUUAGAAGCUUUCUAUCAAGAUUGUUAUAUGGUGGAGAUGUUUUACCUAAGUUUCUGU